AUGCUUCAGAAGUGCCGCCGCCACAGUCGCCGCGAGGUCGGAGUGCUGGGCUGCACUGUGGCCUACUGCCGGCAGGAAGGGAAGGAUCGAAUCAUAUUUGUGACCAAAGAAGACCAUGAAACUCCAAGCAACGCGGGGCUGGUGGCCGACGACCCCAAUGAUCUGUAAGAGGAGCACUGACGGAUCCUGCCCAAUGGAGACCUCAGCUGUAACUGCCCAUGCCUUGGGGGCAUGGCCAGCGGCCUGUGUGGGGAACAGUUCAAGGCGGCCUUUUCCUGCUUCCACUGCAGCACAGAGGAUGUCAAGGGGUCGGACUGUGUAGACCAGUUCCAGGCCAUGCAGGAGUGCAUGCAGAAGUAUCCGGACCUCUAUCCCCAGGAGGAGGACGAGGAGGAGAAGCCAGCAGAUGGAUUAGAGGAAUCGGCUGCUUCUGAGGUCGCCGCGACCAAAGAACAGAAGGGGUCCAGCUAA